UGUGUUUCCUGUGUUUGGCAUCAGGAGCCCCGCUCCCCCGCUCCUCCGCUCAGGCUCCGCGCUGCUCCGUGUGUGUCGGCGGAGGUCCCCUGAAUGAGCGGCUCUGAGGCGCUUCAGUGAUGGCUGAGCCGCUGCUUAAAAGAACCUUCUCCAAACUCCGCGCUAAAGAGCGGUUCCGCCGCAAGACGGACCCCAAACUCUCCGAAGUGACAGGGAAGGUGGACCUUUUCCAAAGUUCUUCAUCAACUGCAUCCACCACAGGCCAUGCUGAGACAGAGAGCUCCACCGUGGAGGAGUGUACCAGACGCUCCCAGAUUACCGUCUCCAAAAAACAGAACUGGGCCAAACUUCCCUCUACAAGCAAAGACCCAGCCAGCACAGAUCUGUGUACAAGCCUGGUCUAUGGGCCACAGGACUGGGAUUUGUGCUCAGGAAAGGCUGAGGUUUCAAAACAGGCCUGGAGCCAAAGGACUUUGAGUGAGGAUGGUUUGAAGAGGAAGCGGAAAGAUCUGGAAUUGGAGUUUGGAUUUUCCAGGACACCAUGUGACUCAGUUGACGCCGGUUUACCGGAGUUGACACCUCCGUCUACAGCCUGUAUGGAUGCGUGUGACUCUUCCAGCUCAGCGAAGAUCUCUGGGCAAGGCGCCUACCUCCAGCACCUGGACAGGAGUAGUCGGGCCUGGGUACUGUCCACUGGAAAGCCCCAGGCAUCAGAUGAAGUCCUCCCAACCAGAAUCACAGAGUUGCGGCAGGGCCCAGACAGAGAUGGAAACAUUUGGUACAACCCCAUUCCUGAAGAGGAUGACUCGAAGGCCACUGGAGGAACGGCUCAGGAAAAAUAUGGAGAUCCGUGGAGAAAGAGAAAAACUGAGGAAUCGGCAAAGGAGAAAAGAGACCAGAAACAAUCAGGGGGUUUGACUCCCACCGGCAUCCAUCAAAUGAGAGAGAUUCAAACUGAGGCCGACGUCAUCAGGGCGGAUAGUUCGGAUCUGGUUAUGCUACAGUCGGACUGUAUUAGCUCUGCUAGUGGUGUGAAUUCUGACAGUCCCGGGGCACCAAAGAAAAGCCCAGGAGAGGGUGGAAGUGGCAGCAGUGUGAUCGACAGGAUCAAGUCUCCAGGAACAGUGCGGCGGCUUUCUAUGAAGAUGCGUAAACUUCCGGAACUUAGGCGGAAGCUUAGCCUACGCUCGUCCCGUAAUCAGCGACACGGACAAGGGAACACCAGCAGUGCACCAGGAGCAUCCGAUGAGGCUUCACCACAAAGUACAUGCAAGGAAUCAUCCAACGUCAUCAGCAAGUACCACCUGGACUCCAGUGCUCCCGCAAGGCCAAGGCGUCGAUCCUCUCGAAUGCGUUCUUCUAGUAAGGGAGGAUAUCUUAGCGAUGGAGACUCACCUGAACUCUUGCCAAAGCAAAGAGGCUCGGGUCAGGGGUCAAAAGGGUCACCUACACCACCACCACACCGUGGACCACAAGAUUCACUAGCUGUUGUAGAUGCAGAGUCAUUCCGCUUGUACUCGCUGGCGGAUCAGCCUCGCUGUGCUCAGAGGCUUUCGGGGCUGCUCACAGUGCAUCUGCUGGGAGUCGACGAGCUGCUACGAUCCCCUCGGACCGACACUACUAAAGAAGUCUUCUGUGCCAUUCAAGUGGAUGGGGUGACCCGGGCUCGAACGUCCCUGCUCACCUGUCGAGGGGCGUGUCUCCCACUUAACCACACCUUUAACCUGGAGCUCGAGAGGGCGCGGCUGCUCAAGCUGAUAAUUUUGACGCCAACGGCUUCCAGCGCAAACACCGGCUCUGCCGCGCCUGCUGCUCCCGCACGUAACCGGGUGUGCUGUCUGGGUGCUGUGGCUAUACCGCCUCUCUUCAAGGCUUCUCGCAGUCAGCAGCUGUGUGUCCGUCUGGAUCCUCGCGGUUUGCUGUAUGUGAAGUUGACCCUUCUGGAGCAGUUCGUGACCCCGUUCCCCCGCCUCAGUGACCUGCCUCCCCCUAAAGUGUUUGGGGUGGAGCUGCGUCACCUGGUGGAGAAAGAGGUGUCUGCGCGCAGAGUGCCUCUGAUCAUUCAGAAGUGUAUUUCUGAGAUCGAGAGGAGAGGACUCCGGGUGGUGGGAUUGUAUCGUCUUUGUGGCUCCGCAGCGGUGAAGAAGGAAUUGCGGGAUGCGUUUGAGAGGGACAGUGCAGCGAUUACCUUAAACGACGAGCUCUAUCCCGACGUCAACGUCAUUACCGGCGACUCUUUCCUUCCUGCUGGAUCAUCUGAGUCUGGUGGCGUCUUACAGCGACAGCAACCGCAUGACGUGUCAGAAUCUGGCCGUGUGUUUCGGGCCGGUUCUCCUGACGCCCACACAGGAGUCGUGGCAGGCCGGGAUGACGGCUCCCGGAUCAGGGGCCCUGGCGGGGUCCGGGGCCGGUCGAGGAGGCCGUAG